UCUUUUCCUGGCUUAUGAUCAACUUUUGCUCCAGGCUUAAAGUCCCCACAAUGAAGUGUUUACUGGGAAUACUUGUGUUUGUUUUUUUCUCCUUAUACGUUGAAGAAGUCUGUUCCAAAGAAAAAUCUUCAAAGAAAGGGAAGGGAAAAAAGAAACAGUAUCUCUGCCCUUCACAACAAUCACCUGAAGAUCUUGCAAGGGUACCUGCUAAUUCUACCAGCAACAUCUUGAAUAGACUUCUGGUUAGUUAUGAUCCCAGGAUAAGACCAAAUUUCAAAGGAAUUCCAGUGGAUGUAGCAGUCAAUAUUUUCAUUAACAGUUUUGGAUCAAUACAAGAGACAACUAUGGAUUAUAGAGUUAACAUUUUCCUAAGACAAAAAUGGAAUGAUCCCCGACUUAAACUGCCCACCGACUGGAAAGGAUCUGAUUCAUUAACAGUAGAUCCCACUAUGUUUAAGUGUCUCUGGAAGCCAGAUCUAUUCUUUGCAAAUGAAAAGAAUGCCAACUUCCAUGAUGUCACUCAAGAAAAUAUUCUUCUGUUUAUAUUCCGUGAUGGAGACGUCCUGGUUAGCAUGAGAUUAUCCGUUACACUCUCCUGCCCGUUGGACUUGACCUUGUUUCCUAUGGAUACGCAGCAUUGCAAGAUGCAGUUGGAGAGCUUUGGUUACACUACUGAUGAUUUACGAUUUAUCUGGCAAUCUGGUGAUCCUGUUCAGCUGGAUACAAUUGCUUUGCCUCAGUUUGACGUUAAGAAAGAAGAUAUUGAAUAUGGCAACUGUACCAAAUACUACAAAGGAACUGGUUAUUACACAUGCGUAGAAGUGAUCUUCACUUUAAGAAGACAAGUUGGCUUUUAUAUGAUGGGUGUUUAUGCCCCAACACUGCUAAUUGUCGUGCUUUCGUGGCUGUCAUUUUGGAUCAAUCCUGAUGCAAGUGCUGCGAGAGUGCCACUGGGUAUCUUUUCAGUGCUCAACUUGGCAUCAGAAUGUACUACCCUUGCUGCUGAACUCCCCAAAGUGUCUUAUGUGAAGGCCUUAGACGUGUGGCUGAUUGCAUGCCUUCUCUUUGGGUUUGCUUCGCUGGUUGAGUACGCCGUGGUUCAAGUCAUGCUGAACAAUCCAAAGCGAAUUGAGGCUGAAAAGGCAAAGAUUGCUAAGGCAGAGCAAACGGAUGGGAAAGGUGGAAAUGCAGCUAAAAAGAAUACCGUGAACGGCACAGGCACCCCAGUGCACAUCAGCACUUUACAGGUUGGGGAGACCCGAUGCAAAAAAGUUUGUACUUCAAAAUCUGACCUGAGAUCCAACGAUUUCAGCAUUGUUGGAAGCUUGCCAAGAGAUUUUGAACUGUCCAACUAUGACUGUUACGGAAAGCCCAUUGAAGUCAGCAGUGGGCUUGGGAAAUCUCAGGCCAAGAACAACAAGAAGCCUCCCCCGCCCAAGCCUGUUAUCCCAUCAGCAGCGAAGCGGAUCGAUCUGUAUGCAAGGGCACUGUUUCCAUUUUGCUUCCUGUUCUUCAAUGUCAUAUACUGGUCUGUAUAUUUAUGAUAAUCCCUUAUUUAUUUUUUAACAAGAGUGUGUGCAAUCUCUGCCAUUUCAUUACAUCAUGAAGGCCAGUCUGCAACAAUUAUUUGCAUUUGCAAGGCGAUGUAUUGCAUAUUAGAUGCCAUAUGCGAUUGCAAUGGGGUAAAAAGCGGCAUCGUGGUUUUGAAUGAAAGCAUGGCACCGCAACGUCUGUGCUCGAACCAACUGUUGUAUAUAAAUGUACAGCGUACAUCCUGCUUUAGGAAUAUAUGAAGGAUAACGCAUACUACAUUAUUGAAGCUGGACAACACUCCCUUAUGAACAUAACCAAGAGUCAAACUGUUUCUGAUAAUGAAACUGAUGUGCACGCUGAGUAUCAGUAAGAUCAAUAUUCUAGUAUAUGUAGUAUUUAAAAGUUCUCCUUAUGACUUUUCAAAGCCAAGACCCAUCUUGUUCUUGUAUAAAUUUAAAUGGCACUGUGGAAGAACAAGCUGAUGUUGUAAUUCAGAUUAUGUAGAUUUGUAAGUGGGCAAAGUAUAUAUUAAGCUGAUCUUGUCUAAGUGAAAAAUAAAGAUCAGAGAAUUACUAGUUUUGCAAAACGAGAUCUUUUCUUAA